AUGUCUAUAGCCAUAGUCUAUAUGGCUAAAGAAUUUAACUGGUCUUCGACCGUUGCGGGAUUGGUAUUCACUGCGUUUCUUAUCGGAUAUUUGGCAACUCAAAUAAUUGGGGGUGCAUUAGCAGACAGGUUUGGCGGAAAGAUUGUACUCGGGACAGCCGCAUUUGCCUGGUCGAUGUUUACUCUGUUGACUCCUCUUGCCGCCAAACACUCGCUUUUCAGUCUCAUACUCUGUCGCAUUUGUCUAGGCAUUGGUGAAGGAGCAGCCUUUCCGAGCGUUCAUUCGCUCAUAUCUGCCUGGAUUCCCCAACAGGAACAAACCCGAGCGGUGAGUAUGACUACUGCGAUUGCAUACAGCGGAUCGAUUAUCGCGUUGCCAGCGUCGUCUUUUUUAGGAAGCUCUGUAUUAGGAUGGGAGAGCAUUUUUUACGUGUUUGGUGGUGUGGGAUUGAUUUGGUGUAUGGUCUGCUGGUUGCCGACAUUUUAUUUGGAUCGAUUCGGAAUAGAUGUUAAUAAGCUAGGCUACUUUUCUGUCAUUCCCGUCAUAUUUCAGAGUAUUGUAGGCUCAUCAGUCGGUGCACUCUCAGAUUAUGCCAUAUACAAGCUGAACAUGCGGGUAGUCGUCGUGCGUAAAUUGGCUCAAGCUAUAGGAACUCUGUCUAUUGCUAUAAGUUUACUGUUGGCUACUUUUGUAGCAAACACGGCUGCUCAAGGGAUACUAAUAAUUACUGUUGGUACGGGACUGUAUGGAUUUGUCUUGGCUGGAUUAUCUGUGUCAUUGCAUGACAUAGCCCCACUUUAUGCUGGAACAAUAUUCGGUCUUAGCAAUACAAUUGCAACAGUUCCUGCAAUAUUCGGACUGGUACUGACUGGAUGGAUAUUAGAUGUAGCUGGACAUCAAUGGGAAAUCGUAUGGGUAUUGACAAGUGCAAUCUACUUUAUUGGAAUUGUAGUUUUCAUUGCUUGGGCGGGCGGUGAGGUUGUUAUUGAAUGA